UUGCGGUCACUCAGGGAAACGGAGCUGAGCGCUGAAGGGAAGUGGGCUGAGUCUGGCGGGCUCGAGUCUAAAAACUCUCUCAGAUAAAGUGUAAUAUUUUAAAGGAGUCGCUGGCUGUGCAGUGCUGCGCCUUUUCCUUCACUCUCCCGCACAUCCUGUCCUUGCGUUUCCUUGGAGUUUUCAGCGGAGUUCUGUAACGUUAUUUCGGACCGGAAGUCGGAUCGGAUCGGUGACGAAAAUUUGACAUUUUUGACACAAAACUGCAUUUUUUAGUAUUUUAAAGUAUCCAGAUUUGGAUUUUGGAGUUUGUUUUGGUGUUAAAGAUUAAAUCUAAACUAAAAUGAGCGAGGGAAAUCAGCCGGAAAUUGAGCUGUUUGUGAAGGCGGGCAGUGAUGGACAGAGCAUUGGGAACUGUCCUUUCUCUCAGAGGCUCUUCAUGGUGCUGUGGCUUAAAGGAGUGACAUUUAAUGUGACCACCGUCGACAUGAAGAGGAAGCCGGAUAUCCUGAAGGACCUGGCUCCAGGAGCCCAGCCCCCUUUCCUGCUCUACGGACGGGAAGUGAAAACGGACACCAACAAGAUUGAGGAGUUUCUCGAGGAACACCUCUGCCCUCCUAAGUAUCCUCGUCUGGCUGCUCGUAACCCUGAGUCCAACACUGCUGGCAUGGACGUCUUCUCUAAAUUCUCCGCCUACAUCAAGAACUCCAACCCUGCCAUGAACGACAACCUGGAGAAAGGCCUGCUGAAGGCUCUGACGAAGCUGGAUGAAUACCUCAGCUCUCCUCUACCCGACGAGAUUGACGAGAACAGCGCUGAUGAUGUCACCACAUCAUCCCGCCCCUUCCUGGACGGACAGGAACUCACACUGGCCGACUGCAACCUUCUGCCCAAGUUACACAUCGUCAAGGUGGUGUGUCAGAAGUUUCGGGAUUUCACCAUCCCUCGCUCUCUGGUGUCGCUAUGGCGAUACCUGGAUUCUGCGUACGCGCGUGAGGAAUUCUCCUCCACGUGUCCGAGUGACGCCGAGAUCCACAUCGCCUACUCGUCUGUCGUUAAAGCUCUCAAAUAAACACACACACAGUUUUGUAUAUAAACACACACACACACACACACACACACACACAGGGUUUCUUAUUGGUUUGCAUUUCAGUAGCUGUUAAAGGGACGGUUCAAAAUUUGCAUAUUCGCGUAUGUUUUCUGAACAUUACAUCAAUCGUAGACCAAGUAAUUUUAAUUUUAAGGAUUAUGCUUUUGAAGUGAAAAAUAUGAGCAAGUCAUCUACAUCCGUUCAAAAACUACCUUAUUUCCUGGAUUAUAGGUCACUCGAGAUUAGAAGCCACGCCCCCUAAGUUUGAGUGUCUUUACGUAACGGUUUAUUUAAACAAAGCUCGUAACGUUGUGCUUUUGACAUCGGAAAUCGAACAUCCGCUCACGAGUUUACUGUUGCUAGGCAACUGUGAAACAUAUACACCAAGCACGAGCUAGCUAAUGACUGAAAAUAACAAUUUAGCUAGCUAGCUAGCACAAAGCUGUGGAUUCUUUUAUUUAUUAUAUUUUUCAUGUACUUUAACCUCACGAGCCUUGGGAGAGGGCGUGGCUCUUUUUUCUG